AUGUCGAAACCAGAAAAAUAUCGCUUGAAACAUUCUAUGACGGAACCGACGAAAACUUCCUUUUAUGGGGUGAGUUUCAACAAUAAUGACACUCACGGAAACGCUAUUUUUGCGGUUGUUGGUGGACGUAAUGUUAUAGUCGCUCGUUUCGAUAGGGAUAAACCUAUAGCACUUAGCGUGGUCCAAAUCUAUGUGGAUGACGAUGAAGAGGAAAAUUUUUACUGCUGUGCUUGGUCUGUUGAUCCGAACGUUGGAGCGCCGUUGCUUGCUGUUGCUGGCGCAACAGGAAUCCUCAAAAUCUUAAACACAAGCGUUGGAAUUGCCGUGAAGGACACGGUGAUGCAAGAAAUUAAUGAGGUUAAAUUUCAUCCAAAAGAUCGUUCCCUUCUUUUUUCUGCAAGCAAAGACUUUUCUAUACGUUUGUGGAAUUUGAAAACGAUGCGACCUGUUAUAAUUUUUGGCGGAGAGUGUGGUCAUCGUGAACCUGUUUUAAGCAUAGAUGUGCAUUUAUCUGGUGACUUCUUGGUUUCUUCUGGGAUGGAUCACGCAGUGAAAAUAUGGACACUAUGUACGCCGGUAAUUAAACAUACAAUUGAGUCGUCAUUUAGUUCAAGAUCAUCGUCAUCUCGUUCACCACAAACACCACCGCCACAACAAAAAUGCUGUUCGUCUCAUGGUACAGCAACAAUGCCGGUAUUUGUACAUUUUCCUAUAUUCUCAACAACUCAAUUACAUAAUAAUUACGUUGACUGUGUUAGAUGGUAUGGUGAUUUGUUAAUGUCAAGGUGUGCGGCAGACACGACAAUUAUGUUGUGGAAACCAGAUGUUGAAUUAGUGGCGUUCGAUAAGUCUAACGUUGCAACAGUAGUAGUUGGUGGACCAGCUGCCCCGAGUAAACAACCAACGAGUUUCGAUAUAAUCUGUGAAUUUGAAUUCAAUCAUUGUGAUAUUUGGUUUCUUCGCUUUGGGAUUUCACCAGAUUAUCGAAUGCUUGCAACAGGAAAUCAAGUCGGGCAAAUUUAUUUAUGGGAUUUGCAAGAUAUCUCAUAUUAUAUUGACGAUUACAUCGAAAAGAAAAAGUCGAAAAGUUCAAGAACGAAGAAAGAAAAGGCUGUUGUAAGAAAGAAAGGCGGUACUACUAAAGUUAAUAAAAAGUCUAGUGAUUAUACCGAAACAUUAGCAGCUGAAAGUAGUUCUCGUGUAGAGGAAUAUGUUGUUAUCAAGAAACCGACUAUUCUCGAUACAGAUUCAUGUGAGAGCACCAUUCGACAAUUGGAUUUUUCAAAAGAUAGACAAUGGAUUGUGACAGUUUGUGAUGAUGGUUCGAUUUGGUGUUGGAGAUUGAAUACUGAUGUAAAAGCUCAAGAAAUAAUUAAUAUGGAUAAAGUGACAAAAGGUUCGGGAAAUAAUGAAGAUGAUCCAAUGGUCUUGGAUUAA